UAAAAAAAAAAGCAACGAAUACAGAUUUUGAGCAGAAGCAAUAACUGUUUGUCUUUGCUUUUCAUGUAACAGCCGGUGCAGUAAAACCAUGGGCAAGACGGAGAGUAAAGUUCUCAGAGAAACCUCGGUGGAUGGGGUUCAGGCACAGCCAACUCCUGCAGCAGCUGAUCCUGCUCCCGCUCCUGCUGCUGCUCCUGCUGCUGCCGUCAAACUUGAAGGACUCACCAAAACCAACAAGAUGAAGGUGAAAUGGACCCAGCUGGGUUUGGUGUUCUUCCUGGUUUUGUCCCUGGUGAUGACAGGAUGCUUCUUCUGGCAAUAUCAGCUGCCAAAACUGUUGCCAGAUGAAGCGAUGGGUCGCAAUGCUAAAUCUGAGAUGAUGUGUCCCCGCUUCCCUGAGCCCCUCCCCCUGGAGCAUCCCAUCCCGAGUCUGAAAGAGGCCCUGGAAAAGGUGGAUGUUUUGCUUCGGCAGAGCGUCGACGCCGUCAGCCUUCCCGCUCUGUCGGCCAUCGUAGUCUUAAAUGACACUGUUCUGUGGACCGGAAACUUUGGAAAGAGGAAUGGCAGCGACCCUUUCUCAGGACCACCGAACGAGUACACAAUCUACAGAAUUGCCAGCCUAUCCAAAAUUUUCCCAACGCUAAUGCUGUACAAACUGUGGGAGGAUGGCAAGAUCGGCUCCCUAGAUGAUCCUCUGGAGAAAUAUGUGGAGAACUUCACCAUUAAAAACCCUCUGGGGAAGACUCGAGACUCAGAGCUGAAAUAUGUGACAGAUGGCUUGAUAUUUCUGGACAGUGGCGAGGUUCAGAUCCGCUCCUCCUCUGUCACCCUGCGCAGGAUGGCCAGCCAGCUCUCAGGUCUACCCAGGAGACUGCGGGCCACAAAUCUGCUUUGGAAAGGGAAAACACAGUCGGCAAUCAAUCUGCUACAAGACGAUGUCCUUGUUGCAGAUCCAGGCACCAAAUGUCACUACAGUAACCUUGCCUUCUCUCUGCUCGCUCAUGUGAUGGCAGAGCGAGUCGCUGGAGUUGAAUACCAGAGAUGGAUCACUGACAACAUCCUGGACCGGUUGGGGAUGGAAGACACCGGCUUUGACCUCAGCCCAGGGCUGCAGACCCAGAUGGCUGUGGGAGUGUACUCCAAUGGAAAGCCAGCCCCUCUCUAUGACCUGGGCUGGUACCGGCCUUCUGGUCAGAUGUUCUCCACGGCUGCAGACUUGGCCAAGCUGGCCAUGAUGCUGCUGGGUGCUUAUCACCGUAAGCUGCUGGAGCCAGACUCCUUAAAGAUCAUGCUGACUCCACUCUUCAGAUGCGAUAAGGACUACUUUGCUAAUCGUACUGGAACACCGUGGGAGGUGAAUGAGCUGAUGGGCUAUGAGGUGGUGCGUAAAGAUGGUGAUCUGGAUGGCUACUCUGCCACUUUCUCCCUAGUGCCCAGACUGAAGCUUGGCCUGGUAGUGCUUAUGGCAGGCAGCCGGUCUCAGAACCAGGAUGUGGUCACAAAAGCCUACACCUACAUUGUCCCAGCCAUAGAGAAGGCCUUCAGGGGUGCAAACAAGGUCCUAACUGCUCCUCCAAACCCAGAUCCUUACACUGGUUUUUUCACAUACAGCAACAUUACCUUCUAUGAGAUCAAAGUCGGGCCAGAUGGAGUUCUGAUCAUGCAGCAGUUUGGUCCUCAGAUUGAAGAGCUGAUCCCCGAGAAGUACAGGACAAUAAAGCUCAAUUACCUGGUUGAGCGAGUGUUUAGAGUGGUGUUUGAAAAAGAGUACCCGUGUGUUUUGCAAGUCGGCACGGCCUCUGUGUCGCUGGAAGCCCAAGAUGGCCAAUUAUUUAACUUCUACAUAUUUGACAAGCGUGGGUUGUCCCCUGGUUUUGAUGCACCAGGCCUGAAUACGUAUAAUGUGGUCCGAAUAGCCCGCAGGCCAACCUUCUCCAGCUGAACUGCAGCAAUGCUAAGGCCCAAAGACAAACAGUGUGUCCUUGGUAUUCAUGAGGAUGCUGUGAAUAUUGAAAGAUUGACUGGAAAAGUUGGGGUCACUCUGGCAGAACCAGAUUGGAUUGUGGUCUUGAUUUACAGAGAGUGAGGAGAAGGACAACGCUUAAUUCAUCCAGCUGUAUAAUGUCUUUUAUAGAAGAUGAAUUCAUUCCUCUGCUGAAUGAUUUAUCUGAAUGCCCUCCUCACACUGGUCCUUCAUUAUGCCUCUGAACUUGAACAUUCACGUUGUGGUGAUACAGUGCUUGUGUUUUUCCUGCCUUCAUUUGAAUCACUCUCAGACUGUCAUAAGUUUUUCAGUGAUUGGUUUUUCAUCAGAUAGAAGAGCAGGGGGGCUCCGGUUGUGGCCAUUUCCAUCAAUAUUUACAUACAUUUUCAUCUCAAUUCUUGAACUGUGAUAGCAGCUGGACAAAAUCUUUGACUCAUACAUAUUCAUCCUCCACUGGGGAAAAAAACAAACAUUUCUUUGUGUUACUCCCCUUGAGGUAACGUCGAGGCAUUGCUGUGGUAAAAAUGACUAUCACUUAUUAAAUGGAACUGAUGAUUUAAA